UUUUCCUAAAAAGUCUUAUUCUCUAAGUCUUGUUAUAUUAAGACCUUGUAACUGUUAAAUAUUGGAAUAUCCUUUCUAUACAUAAUUAGAACAAACAUCAUUCAUUAUUAGUUACCCACAUUUCAAUUUUCUUUUUAUUAUUUUUAAAAGAGAAAAAAAUUCUAUGAUCUCUACUCAAUGCCAAUACUAGAGCCACCAUCAUGGCCUUCAUCUGAAACAACUUCUUCUUCUUCUUCAACCCUAAAAAUCUCAAUGGAGACACUACUACUACAAAACCACCAUGAACAAGAACAACAAGGCCAUCAUCAUCAAGAUCUUGUAUUGGAUCUUAGCCUUCCAAACAAGUCCGAUUCCGAUCACGGGUCCAAACCAGAACACAAUUUCAUCGACUGCUUCGACAGUACCACCACUGCAAAUUACUCCUCCGACGAGACCAGUCCUGACCACGACCACGACCAAGAUCAAGAUCAAUCUGCAGGGAAUAACAAUAAUAAUAGCAACAAUGAAGGUGGUCAUGAGCCUAGAGUGUUCUCCUGCAACUACUGCCAGAGAAAAUUCUAUAGCUCCCAGGCUCUCGGGGGGCACCAAAACGCGCACAAGCGAGAGAGAACCUUGGCCAAGAGAGGACACAAGAUGGUUGGAACGACGGCGUUUGGUAUGAUGAUGAGUAAUAGUAAUAGUCAUUCAUUUCCGUACAGAUACUCAAGCUUGGCUUCGCUCCCUUUGCAUGGCUCUUUCAAUAGGUCACUUGGUAUUCAGGUUCACUCUUCUAUGAUUCACAAGCCUUCUUCUUCUUCUCCAUCUUCUUAUUAUCAUCAACCCAACAUGGUGAUGAGCCCGAGCAGCACUACCAGUACUAUCAGUAAUUCAUCUCAUCAGACUCAGUUUUAUGGACACAAUCAUAAUCAUCAUCAUCAUCAAAAUGGUUGCCUGAGAUUGCCUUGUUUUGAUCAACAACCUGCCAUUGGAAGGCUCCAAUUACCGGAGACUUUUCGCCUCGGUGGCGGCGGCGGUGAGGCCGGAGGGUUUUUGUCCUCUCCAAGUGGUGGUCCGGCGAGAUUCGAGUCCGGUCGGAGGUAUUCUCCGGUGAGCAGUCAUCGUGACGAUGGGGAAAUUGGAGGGUUUUGGUGGAAUAGUACUAGUAAGACAAAGCAAGAUGAGUUGCAGAAACUUGACUUGUCUCUCAAGCUCUAAUAAUGAAGCACUUUCUUCUUAUUAUUUUUUUUUCAUUUUUCUUUAUUUUUUUUACAAUUUCACUUUGUCAUUUUUUUUCUUCUAUAUAUAUUUAGUUGCAACAUUGUGUAAAUGCUUUGAUAUUGAUCUUAACUUGGUAACCAGCCGAAAUUAAUUCCGAAAUGUCAUAUGAGUUUGGAUGGAAUUAAUAACUACUAAUAAAUAUAAUUUGCCUUGAUCAUUAGAUUUUUUUUCUUCAUUUUUUCCAAUUUGAGAUGCGA